AUGCAGCCCCAGGAACGCCACAGGGCAAAUGGUUUCGGAGUUCGUGGCCCAGAACGGGUUUGUGAGCCUGGGCUGCCUUUUUGCAGCCUAUGCCCCGCAGCUUCCUGGAUAUUCGCCGCAAUUCAGUCCCGCUUGACUGGACACGCAGCCCUUUGGAGGGCCUGGUGCACUGCCUGCACAACAAAUUCGAAGACGUCAUCCCAAGGUCGGGUGACUUCCCACCGCAUGAAGAUGCGAAAAAUAGGCCUGCACGCGCGGGUGGCAGCGUUGCAGCAAGUCCAGGAGGCUCCUCCUGAGGCUACGGAGGCCAACUACAUCUGCAUCUGGAACAGCUGGCAUCUCUUCAUCUGUGUCGUCUGCACUGCAUGCGUGCACCGGGUGCUGGAGACCUUUCGCGAGCAUGUGACCGACGACUGUGAGACGAUUACGGAAGCUGUUACGCCUACGCCUGUUCACGGCCGAAAUCUGACUCUGCAGAUGUGGCACAAGCAAACAACGCCAAGCUCCUGUUGGGAUGGCGCGGCAUGCAUCGAAAAGAAGGCCCAAAUCCCCGGGGCUUCAGCUGGAAGCCGCCACGGCUCUGGCCGCAUCACACUCAACUUUGGGCUCCUUUCCUUGCAAAGGCUGCGGAUUUGGACCGGCCGCUGUUGCAAGGAUUGCCAUGUGAUGGGUUCCGGGCUGCAGCCUUUUUACGGUUUAGGGCCGUUAUACUCGCCAUGGUGUUCAUGUGAGUGGUCACAGGGGCUUUGGAACGACCUGACAACUCUCAGGGACUGUCAGAGCCUUCGUUUUGCAAAGGCAAAGGGCUCCAAAUAG